AGCCUGCCCAGCCUGGAGAAGUGAUACCUGGAAGUAGUACCCUCUCAGUGCCGCGUACUGUCCUCAAGUUUGGACCUUCGGAUGGCUGUGUCACUAGUUAUUCGGUGACAGUGACAGGACGAGGGUCCCAAAGUGUGAUUACUGACACAGCGGUCUUUGAGAAUCUGGUCGCAGAUACUUCCUAUAGCUAUACAAUUACAGCCUAUAAUGGUGUAAAUGAUGCCAGUGCCUCAACCUCAGGAUCUUUUACUACAGGAGCUGCAGCACCAGGUUCUGUAGAUGCUUUAAGCUACCAGCAGUCUUCAGUCACUGCUACUGGCGUUGUAGUGAGCUGGCGAAGGCCGUCACAACCUAACGGCGAUCUAAAAGGAUACAAAGUUUGGGUGACAGCAGGCGGGCAGUGCAUUAAACAAUUUCACGUACAGUGUCCAAACUGUAAUUUUUCUGAGUGUCAACCCCCAAUGCCUUCAUCUCCUGUGAGUCAAUAUGACAGUACAGAUCUUGGUGAUUUCCAAGUGGUCUUUGAGGUGACAGUGACAGACUUGCUCCCGUACACAGACUACAUUGUACAUGUCCGUGCUUAUAAUAGAGAGGUCGGUGGUGGUGCUGACAGUGAGGUACCCUUCAAGACAAGUGAGGCUGCCGCAAGCCCUGUGACAAAUGUUGAGCUGGAAAGUCUACCCUUGACCGCCCAGGGAAGGCUGGACCUGAAUGUUAGCUGGGUCCCAGGUUAUCGGAACGGGGAAACUACCUUCACUGUUGUGAUCAAGGAAAAGGAAAGUCUCACCUCAGGAAACUUUACUGAGAAACAAACGCGCACGUUUGAAGAUACAUCUGGCAUUACUUCUGACAUUCUGGAGAACGUGCUUGGCCACUGGGUCUAUGAAGUGACCGUUGAAGCCAAAACCAACAUGGGUGUGGCUGCUGUAUCAAGACCACAGACCAUUACAACAUUAUACAAACCCCCAGGACCUGUUACUGCUCUGACGUUGACAAAGAGUACCCAGGUGGCCUCUGACGUUUCCCUGAGCUUUGGAUGUCCCAAGGAAAAAGAAAGAAAUGGCGUCAUCACAGGCUUUUACAUUUCAAAGUCGGAUCGCGCUAGGGACCCAGUUGUUCAGUUUGUUACAGCGACUUCCUGCGACAGUGUGUUCCGGCCAUCUGUACAAGUAGUUGUUGGGGAGAGUCCGACGAAUUACACGUUCAAGGUGAUGGCUUCAAAUGGGCAGUAUAACAGCAGCUAUGUGAUGUCAGAAAUUGUGAUACGCCCCCUAUUCCCUGAAGUGAGUGAAUACACGGCUACAGAUUUCACAGCAGAGUCGUCUGCCAGCAAGAACACCCUGACGUCUUUCCCAGUGACUGUGUGUUUGUCUUGUCUCAAAGAUUUGAACACCAGACAGGGAAGUUUGACGAAAGUUGUUCUCGCCGUCUGUAAGAAUAAGUGUGGAGGCUCUGGGGCAGGCCGGAGAAAGCGGGCAGUGGAUGUGGAUAGUUUGAAGACAUGGGCCAAGGCUAAGAAGGAAGGAUUUACUGGCAUGUACCGAGCCACUCCACGGGGCUGGCACCAGGAUCUGUUAAGAACGCCAGGGGGGCAAUACGUAUUCACAGUUGGGGAGGAUAACUCUUGUUCUGAUACCGGCACUGACUUCUGCAAUGGCCCACUUCCUGCCGGACAACAGUAUCAAGUUCUCGUUAUCGUGUGCAACGGAGCAGGCUGUCAGGAUUACUUAAACGAUGACUCUGUCUUCAAAACACAAGUGGAAGAGGAUGACGACGAUAUCAUUAUCAUUGUUGUGGCCGUUGUCUGCUCAUUGCUGGUCAUUGCGCUCAUUUUGGGAGCCGUUUUCUUUGUGCACCGCCGCAGAAAGCAGAAGGGCAAAAAGUACAAGGAGACCAGACCUGCGCAGCCUGACGCCCUUGAGGAGACGGAGAUGAUCAAGAGACGAAGGCCCAUCAAGAUGCGGGAGUUCAAGGAGACUCUGGAUCAGCUGCACAAAGACUCCAACAUGUUGUUCCAGGCAGAGUUUGAGGACAUAAAGAAGUUGGGUGCGAGAGUUCCCCACACAGAGGAAGAGGCCCAGAGAGAGGGGAACAGAGUCAAGAACAGAUAUGUGGACAUUCUGCCCUAUGACCACAGUCGUGUGAAGCUGAACGUUCUGCCAGAGGAGGAUGAUACGAUGGACUUCAUCAAUGCCAACUACAUAGAGGGCUACAACUCUGUGCGGGAAUACAUCGCUGCCCAGGGCCCCAUGCCUUCCACUGUGCCAGACUUCUGGAGGAUGGUGUGGGAACAGAAGUGUAAGGUCAUCGUCAUGCUCUCAGACCUUACAGAAGGUGGAAAGGGGUCAGACUCGCAUAAGGUGACCCAUUUCUUCCUGCCUGGCUGGAGUGAUUUCAAGGCCAACCUGACAGUACAAGACGUGCUAGAGUUCACGCGAAUCGUGCGGCAGGAAGCCACUCCGGCCAACUCUGGUCCUAUUGUUGUCCACUGCAGCGCUGGCGUGGGCCGGACCGGCACUUUCAUCGCCCUGGACUACUUCACCCAGUACGUGGACAAGCACAGUCUAGACGACAACGUCGACGUGUUCAGCUUCGUCAUGAAGAUGAGGGAGAACCGGCCCCGCAUGGUGCAAGCUGAGACUCAGUACAUUUUCGUCUUUGAUGCGUUGAUGGAGGUGAUACAGAAAAAGAUAGAUGAGGAGCAGGAGAGGCUCUAUGACAAUGUGGGGAGGAAGGCACAACUGAGGGAGGAGAAGGAGGAGAACAUCUAUGCCAACGCCCCCCCACAGGAGGGCACAGAAUAUGUCAACAACGCUGAGAUUGCCAAAUUUGCCUAUGACAACACAGCGUUUGAGGCUGAGUACCAAAAUGUGGAAGUGAUCAACGACCAAAAAGAAACUCCCAUGACGGUCCUGUAAAGGUCUCAACUUACAUGCACCGAACGACCUGUUCUCUCCACUCAACUGCUCAACUUCGCCGCAAGCCUUUCCUGUUGGCCCACAGCCCUGUCCUGUUGGAAGAAACUGUGACCUUUUUUUCUGCAGCAAACACCAACUUUAGUGCCUUAUGCAUAAUACAUUUGCCUUAUAUCUUUAUCUUCUUCUUCCACUUUGUCAUCGGCCUUCAGCACAGGUAGCUGGUGGGUCUUUCUAUGCACUGAUAACUAAUAGUGGCUGUUGUUUCUGUAUACGGAUUCCUGUGAUUGAUAAAAGGCUAUAGAACCCAUGUAAGAACCUUGUUCAGGCAAAGAAAAGGUGCAGAUAAACAGGUUAAUCUGUUCCAGUACUGUUUACACUGCUAUACAACUGUAGGAACUUUGUCUUUUGUAUGUAAGACCUUGCGAUGUUCCCACGAUCUUUUAUAUAUUGUCACAUGUUGAGAAUAUUUGAACCGAAGACCUUGAAGACCUCACAACAAAAACAUUCCAUUUGCUGCCAGUACAUUACUUAUUCAAUCAAGAUCUAGUAAAGAUGAUGGGAUAAGCACAUCACAAGAGAGCCUUACGCCUGCAGAAAGUUCGCAAAAAACAUGUCUGGCAAAAUCUGGCUCUUCCAUCCCCUCACCUGUCUUCUCACGUGUACAAUACCCAGGUAGUGGGGACAUGUGCUCUCAGUUUUUGAUUGAUUCAAAGUUGUGAUCUUUAGUUUCUUGAAACACAUGGUCAUCUAGAUUUGUUUAUAUAUAUAUAUAGUAACGUGAUAUCUGAAGCGUUUUGCAAUGGUUUCAGACUAUGAGGGUGUUCAGUUCUUGUUACCUGCCCAUAGGUAAAAUUACAGAAAGCAACACGUAUAUUAUUGUUGCCUUUGCUUCUCUCUUUCUGUCAACAAAUUCAAAGACUGUGAUUGAAGUUGCCCGUUUGUUGCCUCUCUUCCUCGGCUCGUUUGUUGCCACAAUUGUCGGUGGUAGGAAUGACACCAGCAGAUAUUAACAACUAUUAUUAUCAUGUCAGCAUGUGGAUCUGUGCUUUGAUUGUUCUUCUCUUUUUCCAGCGGAACCAAGAAGGCUAAUGUUUAAAACAAUCUUUUUCCGUUUACCAAGAGAUAAAAUUUAUUUCCUUAACACUUUGCGGUCACUUGGCGCAAUAAUGCGCUGGUGAAAAUUAUCCGUUCUGGUUGCGCCAGGUCCGAGAAUUCUGUUGCAGUCAUUCUCCUGGCUGGUUUUUGUACUGCUGGCUGUGUGACUGCAAAGUGUUAAAGCGGAACCAAUUGGUGUGUUUUACCCUGUGUAGUUUUGCGGCGUGUACAAAUGAUCCAAAAACGAUUCCCAAACAUUCCUCCCUGCCUUUGUGGGUGCUGAAGACAAGAACCAGGAUAUUGUUGUUGCUUAUAUUCAUAUAUGCGUAUUUACACCCUUUAAAAGAUAUAUUUUUGUACUGAUUUCUACUAAUUGUUAUGCACUUAUUGUCGUUUCUAUGUACCAUAUCGUGUAAAUUCAUGCUGUCGUCUGUUGUAUGUUAUAUUUGACUUUGGUCUGAGGAUCAACUCCACCUAACAAUUUACAUUCCAAAGCUGCGGUGUUCUAAGGACAGCUAGUUCUGAUUGAGUGUAUGUAAAGCACAUAGACCUGUGUGCACAUGGGAGUAGGCGCUUUAAAUACUAUCUACAUUAUUGUUGACCUUUAUGAUAACUUCUACUGUGUCCACAUUAUUUCGCUUGAACUUGAAAACACAGAAUAGUCAUUUUCAUUUCAGUUUUUUUGUGUACAUUCCGUUAUAUUUUUUCGUGAGAGUUAGAAAAUGGUGUUAUUUUUAUUGGAUGAUAACAAGAAAUGUGGAGCAAUGUGAUAUAAUUUGCAGAUUGUGAAGGGAUGAAGGGUUUAGAUUGUAUCAGAUUGGGUUGUACAGCGGGCAGUUGAAGGCUAGAUGGGGAAAAAACUAUAGGUGUCCAAACCAUAAUACUGUUCUCCAAUCUCUGAUGUGCAACACCAGGAUGAUAGAAAAAGGAUGAAACCUGUCUAAAAUAAUCACUAAACGAAUAUCUCAACAGUGGAAAGCAAAACUUUCUAAAAAUUCUACACGUGAAAGAGACUGGGAAGUCUCUGAAUCUAAUUUUUUAGUUUGUAGGGAAAUGUGCCAUCUGUAGUUUUUUUCCCUUGUAGUCUUCAAAUGUUUGUGAUAUUCAGGCUGUCGGAUAGUGAGAUAGAUGUUCCUAGAGAUAGAUAUCGACAAUCUGCUGUUGUUUAAAGGUCAACACAAAGUAUGUAAGGAAAUGAGUAUUAUAUCACAGUGACUUAACUUUCAAGCUGGUUUUGAACUUCAUGCAUGUGAUGAUUGCUUCCCAUUUUUCUUCUGUCAGUUUCAUUCUGUUCUUUCAUCAGCCUUGUUGUCUUGAGCAUUUGAUCGCUUUUAAGCACAGGGGGGCCCUCCCGAAAAAUGCUGUUUUGAAAAAAUCGAAGGAAAA